AUGCAUGCCUGCGAGUCAUUGUGCGCUAGCUUGUUCGAGCCCACUCCUCCAAAGCUUGAAGCCUUCCCAAUCCUCCAUGACAAACCUCUCGGGUUUCACCUCCGCCAGGCGGGCCCACCUAGCUAUUCGUGCACCUCACAUUCUUCGACAUCAUGUGGGUCCACUUCCAUUCCAUGCGAAACCUACUUCUCCGAAAGCCUCGUCCCGAAUCUCAAAAGAUCUCUCCAACACUACCUCCCGUUAUCGGGCCAUUUGGUCUACCCUAUAACCGACAACAACAAAAGCCCAUUCUCUGUUACGUGGCGGGAGACUCAGUUUCCUUCACGGCCGCCUUGUCCAGACAAGAUUUUGACGAGCUCCUCGCGGAGACGCCGACCGAUUCUACGAUUGUGGUGCCGAGAUGGCCCCGCCGUUAAAGAAGGGCUCGAUCGGAAAUUAAUCCCGACUUUAUCCCUGAAAGUGACUUUGUUUCCCGACCGAGGUGUAUGCAUCGGUUUUUCCACUUAUCAUUGUGUCGGUGACGCAUCCUCGACUUACCGCUUCGUGAAGGCUUGGUCGGAGAUCGUCAAAUCCGGACGAGCCGACUUUCUUUUCCCGACUUUCGACCGGUCUUUCGUCCAGGAUCCAACCCGGCUCGUCACCGUCUACUGGAAUUUGGUGAGGCAGAGUCCCCUGAAGCCGGCGAUUUUUCCUCUGCCCACGAACAGGGUAAGAGCGACUUUUACUCUCGACCGGGCUAAUUUAGAGAAGCUUAAGGGCUCGGUUUUGGCGGAAAAACCGAGCUUAGGUCGAGUUUCGUAG